UGGAGGAAGAUGGACACACAGAGAGAGAGAGAGUGGAGGAAGAGGGUGUAAGAAACUCCAGCAGGGGUGUAGGGGGAGUGUCUGUACGUGUUCUUCAGAGGGACGGUGGUGAGUACCACCCUGACGCAGACCCCCACAUAACUACGGAACCACUGCACGUCUGGUACCGGUUGUGUCCCCACUGGCGUUUGUCAUAAAAGGCGGUGGAGACAGUCAAAGCGUCCCACCUGGCUCUCUCUCUCUCUCUCUCUCUCUCUCUCUCUCUCUCUCUCCCUCUCUCUCUCUCUCUCUCUCUCUCUCUCUCUAUGCUACCCCUCACCCCCUGAUGGCCACCUCAUCACACCGUGCCAAAAGUCCACCGUCUCUGCUAACAACCACAGCACAUCCCUAACCACCAGCCAUCGCCAUGGAGAUGACACAGUCAAUGGUGAUGGACAGAGAGAGCGAAGGAGGAGAGAAAGAGAAAGGGGAGGAGUCAUCGCAGGAGAACGGCAGAAUCAUGCUGGCUGACGGAAGGGUGGCAGAGAAGGGGGACCCCAAAGUGAACUCUGGUGGGGGGUCAGGAGGGGUGUCCAACGGGUACCCCACGUCCACAGCGCAGAGCCCAAAGGAGGGAGCGGGGGGUGUACCCGCAGGGGCCCCCAGGACUCUAGUGGUCCAGCAGACCAGUCUGGACCGGCCCCGGGAGACCUGGAGCAAGAAGAUGGACUUUCUGUUGUCUGUGAUUGGCUACGCCGUGGACCUGGGAAAUGUGUGGCGCUUCCCCUACAUCUGCUAUCAAAACGGUGGAGGUGCUUUCCUGCUGCCCUACAUGUUGAUGGCGAUAUUCGGCGGCGUGCCUCUGUUCUACAUGGAGCUGGCACUGGGGCAGUUCCACCGCAGCGGCUGCAUCUCCAUCUGGAAACACAUCUGCCCCAUCUUCAAGGGUGUGGGCUUCGCCAUCUGCAUCAUAGCGCUGUACAUUGCGUUCUACUACAACACCAUCAUGGCGUGGGCCCUGUACUACCUGCUGGCGUCGUUCCGGCCCACCCUGCCCUGGACCACGUGCUCCAACCCCUGGAACACGGUCAACUGUCUCCGCUACCUGUCCACCGACAGCAACGUCACCUGGACCAACACGUCCACCUCGCCCGCCGAGGAGUUCUAUACGCGUCAGGUACUGCAGGUGCACAUGUCUCCAGGUCUGCACCAGCUUGGCAGUGUGAGUUGGCAGCUGGCUCUCUGCCUCCUGUUCAUCUUCACCAUCGUCUACUUCAGCAUCUGGAAGGGAGUCAAGACCUCUGGCAAGGUUGUGUGGGUGACAGCCACCUUCCCCUACCUUGUCUUGCUGGUGCUGCUCGUUCGUGGGGCCACUCUGCCCGGGGCCUGGAGGGGCGUGGUCUUCUACCUCAAACCUGAUUGGGGGAAACUGCUCAGCACCACAGUAUGGAUUGAUGCAGCAGCUCAGAUCUUCUUCUCUCUGGGGCCAGGUUUUGGGGUACUCCUGGCCUUUGCCAGCUACAACCCCUUUCACAACAACUGCUACAAGGAUGCGUUGGUGACCAGCUCGGUGAACUGCCUGACCAGUUUCCUCUCUGGGUUUGUCAUCUUUACCGUGCUCGGCUACAUGGCUGAGAUGCGCAAAAUAGGCGUGGAGACCGUAGCCAAGGAUGCUGGUCCCAGUCUACUGUUCAUCAUCUAUGCUGAAGCCAUCGCCAACAUGCCCGCUGCCACCUUCUUCGCCAUUAUCUUCUUCCUCAUGAUCAUCAUGCUGGGGCUGGACAGCACGUUUGCCGGUCUGGAGGGGGUGAUCACAGCCAUGCUGGAUGAGUUCCCCCAGUUGUUGUCUAGGAGGAGGGAGUGGUUUGUCCUGGGCCUGGUGUGUGUCUGCUACCUGGGAGCGCUCUCCACCCUCACCUACGGAGGUGCGUUUGUGGUGAAACUGUUUGAGGAGUACGCCACAGGACCUGCUGUCAUCACUGUGGUCUUCCUAGAAGUCAUCGCUGUUUCCUGGUUCUACGGCACCAGUCGUUUCUGUGCUGAUGUCAAUAUGAUGCUGGGCUUCUCCCCUGGACUAUUCUGGAGGGUGUGCUGGGUAGCCAUCUGCCCCAUAUUCCUACUGUUCAUCAUUGUCAGUUUCCUGGCGUUCCCCCCGGAGGUCAAGUUGUUUGACUACGUCUACCCACCCUGGACCACUGUUCUGGGCUACUGCAUCGGAGUGUCCUCCUUCAUCUGUGUACCAGCCUACAUGGUGUACCACCUGCUCACUGCCAAAGGGACCUUUAAACAGCGUCUCCUGAAUGGCAUCACCCCUGUACCCAGUGGGCCUCACAGUGACAUUAUCAUCACCCACGCUGUCUGACCCAGUGGUCUGACCAGGCCGGGUGGACUACACCACCCUCUGCUGGACAUAGAGCACAACUGCAGGACGGGGAGGUUUCACGCCUCCCCCACUUCUCCUCCAGAACCCCCACAGCAGACUUCAGAAGCACAGAGGCACCCUGUUUAUCCCACUGAACCCAGGGCUGAGGUGGGGGCGCUGGGACACACUGUCUGCAGCAUCUCACACCCCUCCGUCGUCUCCCUCCUGGCUCAUUCUGUUAGCAGCUAAUGUCGUCACUGGUUUCAUACUGGGCCACGCUGGUCAGAGCAUUUCAACCACCAGACAGAGGGUUUUAGAUGCCACAGCACAAUGGCAUGUGUACUGUUAUUGAAGCGUAAUGUUGCCUUUAAAGUCUAUACCUGUCCAUUAUAAUUGGAAUCCAUCCACACAGUAUGAGGCAUAAACAUACACACUUCCUUGUCUCUGCUCUGUCAGGUCCACUAAACAAUGUUUAUAUCACAAGCAAACAUCUCAUCUCACGGCUUCGUUUGACGUUAUAUCCUUGUUUCAUGAGUUCUGCAUUCAGAUAUUUAGCUGGACAUUGAUUGCAAAAUGCAGGUAUCUUUUCAAGUUUCUCUAUGAAACCAAAUGUUCCAUGGAUAUUUCUACAGCUUUUUCCAGAUGUGAGCUGUUGUCAUGCUUUAGGAUGACUUGGUGGGAGCUUGUCAGUGUUUCUGAAUGAGAUGGCUGAACCUAUAAAGGGCCUUGAAGAGUGUCAGAGCGUCUGCACACUGUGAAGCGCUGUAUGUUGCUGUUGUAUGACGCACUGCAGUACUGAUUCUGCUCUGUAAGCAUAUCCAAGUUGUUGGGGAACAUAGAGACAAGUUCAGAAGAGAAAACAGGGCAGUAUGGAAGGCUCUGGUGUGUGUGUGUGUGUGUGUGUGUGGGUGUGCGUGCGUGCGUGCGUGCGUGCGUGCGUGCGUGCGUGCGUGCGUGCGUGCGUGCGUGCGUGCGUGCGUGCGUGCGUGCGUUAGACAGAAAUGGAAGGAACGUGGGGAGAAGCUACCCUGUGCAGAUCAGAAGGAGUGGGUUAUAUUAUCGCAAUAUAAGAUGUAUAUUUAUUUGAAAUAAUUAUUAUUGCUGUCAAAUCUAUACUUUCAUGUAUUUGUUUAUCUCAUUUACUAUAAACUGACAUGCUGAUUUAGUUUGAUUUAGUUUCUUAAUAUGUAAAACACCAUUUCCGUGCUAACUGCCUACAUUGGGAAUCCAGUAUUGAACACAACUACGUUCAUCUCCAUCGCUCAGUCUUCAAGGAUGUGUCUAAAAACAGGUAUCUGUCUUUACUUUCGACCAAAUAAUCUGUUGUGUGUUGGAAUGGGAGUAAUAGUAUGACAUGUACGUGUGUAUUAAGUGAGUCUUGGUAUUGGUGUGUGUCUCUUUGUUCUGUGAAUACUUGUCUACUCUCUUGAACGGGUUAUGUUUGUGUGUGCAUCAGACCAGGGUGCAAAUACUAUAGGGAAUCUUUCAAAUACUUUGUGUUUUCUUUUGCCUGCCUCGUGCCAGAUAGGUGGGUUUGUUUUAGCCUGCCUCGUGCCAGAUAGGCGGGGUUUGUUUUAGCCUGCCUCGUGCCUGAUGGACGGGGUUUGUUUUAGCCUGCCUCGUGCCAGAUGGGCGGGGUUUGCAGGAUUGCGACUGUUCUAUUGGUUCCAUUGAACCAGGCAAGCUCAAUCAAAUCUGAAGUAUUUGAAACGAUUUCAAAUAGUAUUUCAACUGGGGAUUGGUGUAUGUGUGUGUAAGCGUGCAUACCUUGCAAGCGUGCAUACAUGAGUGUGUGUGUAUACACGUGUGUGUGUCAGCGUGCAUGUGUGUGUACGUUAUGAACUGAAGUAGCAGUGUCAGACUCUGUCAACUUUGUCAGUGUGUGUAUGCCAGUGUGUGUAACCUGUGUGUGCAUGCCAGUGUGUGUAACCUGUGUGUGCAUGCCAGUGUGUGUAACCUGUGCUUCAGCUUGCAUCUGUGAAGUGACCUUCUCUUGUCUUGUUCUUCUCCAAAAUAUCCAAUGAAGAUGAUAAAACCACUCCCUCGUACCUCUCGAGCCUAUAUAAUGUAUGAUCUAUGUAUGUCUGUAAAAGAUUGUAUUGAGAAAUAAACCUGUAUAGAAGAAAGAUAUACAUAUAUAUGAAUUAAUAGAUAAAUAAAGUUAAGA